CUGGUGGAGGAAACUCCACUCCGUCCAGGCAGCGCGUCUUUCCUUCCUUAUCGUAAUAGGCAUGCUCAGCAGAAGGGCUGUGCAGUGCUCUCAGCAACUGAAGCUGGGCGCAGGGAAACUGCAACGGCCGCGCCAAGCAUCUUCCAGUGAUGGCCUCUACUGAGCAGCUCUGCUCCAGCUCCCACCAGCAGCACUGAGCAUAAGAACAGCAGAAACCCCUUCACCCUCCUGCUGCCAAGCCAGACAGAGAGACACACAGCACCAUGUACAGCGUGGACGACCUCCUCAUUUCUCACGGAUACAAAUUGCCCAAGACAAGCGUCCCCUGCCCCUCUUCAACUCCAUCCGCCACCGCACCUUGCGAGAAACAGCGCCACGUCGCCGCCACGACCGAUUGCCACCGUGAAAUCCCAGCAGCAGAGAACCAGAGGCCUGGUCGUGUUGGCUCACUGAAUGGGUAUGAACAGGCAGCAGACAGGGGGGCCUGCGUCUUCAGGAGCAGCAGCAGGCAGGCUCUACUGGCGAAGGUCUACCCCGGCAGCGGUGACAAUGAGAGCGGCGGGGAAAGGAACCAAAGGAGAAAAGAAGCUGGCAGCGGUAACCUAGGUGACAGCCUAGCACAGCCCCUGGGUGAUUCUCUCGCCACGGAUAGCGGGUUCUAUGACGCUCCCAGCUUAACCUAUUCUGAGCAGAUCGAGAGAAGAGAGCAGUUGGACGAGAGGGAUGUCUCCUACUGGAGGAGGAGAGGCCAGGACUUCAGCGUCCUCCUGGAUUACGCCGAUGGCCGGGAGCUGAGAGCGUCCGCUAGCUUUCUGAAAGCCUCUGAGGCGGCAUGGAGGCCACAGGCCCUGAUAGCAGAGGACCACAGGGGGGAGAGGGAGAAGCAGCAACAGAAGCAGCUAUGGGAUGACACCUCCAUCUCCUGGCUGAGGGAAGCUGACGCGGCUCCUGGACAGCUGAGGGUAUUGACUGGGGUGACUGGGGAGCGGAAGUGCCAGAGCCUGGGCACAGAGGAGUGGAAGCCUGCAGUGGGGCUGGGGAGGCAGCUGUCGGAUGGGGAGGGCGAGAGGUGGGCUCAGGACCAGCAGCACCGCCUGAGGACUCCAGAGAGCGCUGGUGCUAUCCUUCCCAGAACCAGAGGGAAGUCCCAGUCCCUCCCCAGAGUGCUGUCGCCUGAUGGAACUACUGAACACACAGACACACAGUCCAGCUUGGUCAGUGUCCAGCUUCGACCGGGCCAGGUUGAUAGACAGAGAGUGAACAGCACUGUAUUUUCCGGGCCUUAUAGUAGGUAUUACCACAGCGCUGCAGUCGGCCGGGACCGGUGGGCCAGAAACAGUUGGCAAAGCGGCGGUCAUGUUGCACUUUUACCAAAGCCCAGGUUCAGCAGGCCUGUCAAGCCUCCGUCGUACGAGAUACACCAGCAGACUAGGGGUAGCCAGGAGAUGCUUUCUGUAGCUGUAGUAGAUGAGCAGGGUGGGUCCAAACAACAGAAGGACAACAGGCCUAUCUAUCACCCAAGGGGUGGAGAACUGCAGAGACAAGACUAUUUUGCACAACACUCCGCAAUCUUUGGCAUGGAGCCCCCCGGUUACAUCCCGCCCCCGUCUUAUAAGAGAGCCCCGCCCCCAAUCAGGGGAGGCCCAAUCAACCGCAAUGAAGUGGUGAACUAUAAGUGGAGGGGGGAGAUGCAGAUACAGAUGCAGAUGCCUGUGAGCUCAGAGGCGGGAAGGUGGUUUUCCAGACAGACAGGAGGGUCGUGGCUGGAACACUAUGGGGAACGAGGUAUACCCUACAGGAAACAGGUUAACCCUAACCCAAAUCUUAACCCUGGAUACACCGAGGAACAUCUGGGGCAUGUUCACUAUUUACCCUUUGAUGAUCCGCGAGUGAGACACAUCUCAGGAGGGCCUGGCGGAAAUUCUCUCACUGACUCGGACAAGCUUAUCCGAAACAUCAACAAAGAGAUUCCCUGCGCUAAGGUUUUAGGACAAUCCACACAUGAUAGUGCCUUUUCCCCCCCACAGGGGCUAUCUCUCAAUACCGACAGCCGCAAGACAUCUGUCAAUGACAACGAUGGUAGUAGUACUAGAUGGUGCCACAGGGGUUUAAUAAACAAAGGAAGUGUAGACAGUGUAGCUCCUGACCAGAGCUGUGGUAACUAUCCAACCGCUUUUCAGGUUAGACCGCCCCCUCAGCAGAUCAGGCUUGUGGACCAAGGUGCGUCAGAAACUGUGACUCUUGUGAAAAAGAAAGAGCCUGACUCCUCAGAGAAAGAGAAACCAAGAAAGCCUGACUCCUCAGAGAAAGAGAAACCAAGAAAGCCUGACUCCUCAGAGAAAGCAGAGAAAGUAGAGAAAAAGAGCGUAAAAAAGAAACUUAGCGAGACAAUAUUCUGUUUGGUGUCUGUUCCCAUCCCCCCAACGCCAGGCAGUACGUCCCAUGAUCAAAACAACAAUGAUGAGAAGCCGCCAAGCCCAGUCCGGCCACCAAGCCCAGUGGACAGUCCGAGCGAGAACAAAACUGGCCACUUAACAAACCAAAGUCUCCAAAGCACAUCUUCAGCAGAGGCUGAGCUGCAAGCACUAACCGGUAGCAUAGCAAGCAGCAGAUCAAGCAGCAAAAUAGUGAGAAAACUCCCCAUUAAACCCCCCAAAAUAAACCAUCACAAGGAGCUGAAACUCUCGGGAUCCUGGCCUGGGAACCAGUACCGUGACCAGGAGACUCAAACUAGCCCAGAGGUCAGAAAGCGUCAGCCUCCCCCUCCUCCUCCUCCAGGUCCUGAAAACAAGGAAGCACAAGACCCUCAAGUCCCUGCCCCAGGUUCCCCCGACCCAGGCGUCACCUCAGACCCCAGCGGUGUGGGCAGCACUGCAUUCAGCUAUCCCAUAAAAGGGGUGAAGAGCCUGAAACCAUCCAGCAACAGCGCCUUUUCCAGGACGGCCACUUUCUCAAUCUCCAGCCAGCUGAACAAGAGCACAGUUCAGCCGCCAGCAGCAGCGCCACCACCACCACCCUCAGGAAACACGAUGGAGGCCAAACCAGCAGCGUCCUGCAUUGGGCAGGAGGGCUUCGGUCAGUUCCUGCUGAAGCCUGUUAGCAGACGGCCAUGGGACGCCAUUGAGGAGCUAGAGACUAUCAACAAAGAGCUCCAGGAUCAACAGCAACAACCACAGCAGCAGAGCAGCAAGAGGCCCAGUGUUGACCAAUGCAUCGAGGACCUCAACGAGGCCUACAAAGACAUCUUAGAGCUAGGCACUGCCAGCAAUAACGUUCCCAACAAUGGCGGCACUGUGCAGAUCCCUGAGCGGAUCAAGAUAAGGCUGGCGGGGGAGGCGGGACUCAGCAAACCCAGCAGCCUUAGGCGCACUAUCGAGAGCUGGACUGUGUCCGUCGACCCAGAGUACAGGGAGGUCAAGAGCGCCUUCUCAAGACCCGCUGAAAGAAAGUCAGUGACAUUCAGCAAGCAGCUAAGAGAGGAGCUCCCUGUCCCGCCACGCGAUCCUACAGGAUUCAGAGAAUACAGGGUUGUUUCGAAUUUGUCACAAAGGAGAAGUAGCUGCAGUGGUAGGUCGGUGAAGCUAGACCUCUCUUCGCCUUCGGAGACACCACCGCCUUGUGACUUUACCGGCCCUAGUGACUUUAUUGACUCUCCUAGUGAUCCCAGCGAGAUCAGAGACUUAAGCCCAACGACGCCAACAACGCACACGGCAGCAGAAGUCCCCUGGGCAGAUAGGCAGCCGAUGCAGGACGCCUCCACACUUACGAGUCCCCCUGAUUAUGAGGACAUAUGUCAGUCUUUACAAAAGACCAGAGACUCAACAGAAGUUAACAAAACUUUGACGGCCAAAUCUAAACUUGGUGGUGGUAGAGGCAAUACAGUGCCUCCAGGGGGCGCCAGUCUAGACUCUGAAGAGGAAUGCCCCAUUUGUAAAAAAGAGAGCGAGAGCCAGAUGUCCAGACCAAGCCCAAUGUCUCCGCUCCAUGAGGAGUCAAGCCCAGACUUGUCUGAUCAAAGUAGCGCCACAAUCGUCGGUGACAGUGGUAGUCCACAAGGAGAUGAAACAUAUGAAGAACCAGCUGAGGACGAAGGAGACACAAAGCUAUCCUCUGACUCUUGCUCGAAUCGUUCAGAGGCUCAGACUCUGUGUCAAGAUUGGAGGGAGCAGCUGUCACUCACAGAUGAUAAGAAUGUGGGUGGGAGUGCUACUGCUGAGAAGACCAAUCAAAACCAAGAAACCAAGGAUCUCAACAAUCUAUACGAAGUGAAAUGUGCCGAGGGCAUCCCAGAGAACGAAUCCAUAGAGGAGAGGGCAGCCAGGAUAUUAGGGAUUGAUGUGCCUGCAGAGUCCCUAGUUACAGAGGAGCGGAGGCCUAGAGAGCCAGCAACAGAGGAGAUUGAAUUAAGAGAGAGUGAACCCACUGCUGGAGAAGAUUCAGAAAGAAGCAGUGCAAACGAACAGACAUUACAAACACAUGUGAGAGAUACAGAGUCUGGGGAACUGCGGUCUACAGCGUCUAUGGUGCCUGACAGUGGGCAGGAGUUACAAGAAAACGAGCCGCCACAGGAUACCCCAGAGCGCAUCAGGAGUGCCAAAUGGACCCAACUGGGUCGAGAAACUCCAGGUAUGCUGGAGUUUCCACCAGACAGACUACCACUUUCGGUCCCCAUGAACCCCGAUCAGAAGCUGUCUCACAGUCUGGAGGGAGAGAGGUGGGGCAGAGGUGCCUCACAGCACAUAGAGGCCCUGCAGGACAAGCUGGCUGCCUCGCCCAGCCACCAGGUGGUGAUAGAGCGCCUGGCUUGGAUGAAGGUGGUGGACUCGGUGUCCCGCAUAAGACUCAGCAUCAGGAGCACAGACUCUGGGGAGGUGGAGGAGGUGGACGGGGAGGUGGAGGGGGAGGCCAGCGGUGGCGUUGAACAAGUGGAAGAGAGCGCUGUCCUCCUUGCUCCCUCCCAGAGUGACACAGUGGACGAUAGAGAGGUCAAGCUAGAGGACGAUCGAGAGGCCUCUGAAGAUACAGUGUUGCAAGAUGAGGAGGUGUCAUCUGUCUCGGAGGCCUGAGACCCAAGCCCAGUGGAUUAAAGUGGAGAGCGACUGAGACGCCCGUCAUCUUUCUCCAUCUGAGGUUUAGCUCCCUCCAACACUGUGACCUGGCUGCCCACUAGAAUGCCUUCAUCUCAUCCCAAACACAGAAACGGCCUUCUUCUCCGACAACAGCAUUGUGUACACCCUCACCCUCGGCGUCGUUGAGUGCUAAGAGUGUUCCACUGCCAAAAGGGAGGUGUCCCCCUACCUAGGGGCAGCUUCCAUCUACCCCCCCCCCCCAUCUCCCCUUUAUCUCCCCCCAACCCAUCCUAGGAGGGGUCCAAAAUGGUACCCUACUCUCUAUAUAGUGCACUACUGGGCCCUGGUCAAAGGUAGUGCACUGCAUAGGGAUCAGGGUGCCAUUUUGGGACUCAUUCCUAGUGUUAUUGUAGCAGCUUGUUCUUUUUCCUUUCUUAUUCUACCCUCCCGAUGCUUUUCAUUGGCUUAUUCUACCCUCCCGAUGCUUUUCAUUGGCUUAUUCUACCCUCCCGAUGCUUUUCAUUGGCUUAUUCUACUCUCCCAGAUGCUUUUCAUUGGCUUUAUUAUUCUAUCCUCCUAGAUGCUUUUCAUUGGCAGACAUUAUGCAAUUCUGUCAUGCAUAUAACAACCUAAAAAAAAUGUCCAUAGUGAAUACAGUUAGCUGACUCAUCGUUCACACGCUGUGUGAUUCUGUUUGUUUAUGGGCGAGCUGUUUAGAUAUGAAUGUAAACACGUUUUACACAACAAAGUAGACAUAGGAGUCAUAAGAGCUGUUCUGUUACAUUCAGUCGAUUACACCAAAAUAUUUACAUUUGAUUGUUAUGGAAGUGAGAAAUGUAUUAUAUUGGACAUUCAUGUCUUUGGCUCGAGAACUGUUUUAAUUUUCAGAUGUAUCGAUCGAUCAAUCCAUCAAUCAAUCAACCAAUCAAUCAGUCUAUUAUUAUUUUGUUACAUUGUGGCCUGUCUGUCUCAUCGCUUUCCCGUACACUGUAAUCAUAAUCCAUAGAGCUCUUCAAUGAAGAGUGACUCUUUACCUACCAGAUGUCAGGGUUAGGGUCAAUUCAAAUUCAAGUCAGUCGUUUCAGGAAGUAAACUGAAAUUCCAAUCUAUUUUCAAUGAUUUCUCAAGAAAUUGAAAAUGAGAAGCUAUUUAUUAAACACGUUUUUCCAUUUAUGAAUGUUCACCUCCUGAAUUGAGUGACUUCAAUUUGAAGUGACCCAAACCCUGAUGUGGCGAAAUGAUAAAUCAGUGAAAUAUAUUUUGUGAGGCAUUGGUUCUACGUUAUGGGAGUGGGGGUUACCUAGUGACAGUCUGGUUUGUGCUGUCAUGCCAACUCCUUGUCACUCAUUGGCUUGACAAUGUGCAAUGGAGUUGACAAGAGCACAAACAGAUCUGGGACCAGGCGUUGCCUUCUGUAUCCAGAUGUGCAUUUCAUUAUAGACUGGAUCAGGUUACAAGACCACUGGGUAGUUAAAUCAAUGUUUUAAAAAGAUCUAUCUGGGUGUAUAUUAGCUCUAUUUCCCAGGUAAUUUCAGGAAGCAAUAAUGGUAUGGAGUGUGCUCGUUUGAGUUGUAAACAAGAAUUAUAUGGACAUAGUAAAAAGAUAAGAGCAAUAUUGUCAUACAAACAGCUUAGUUGCUUAGUCAGUGGAGCUGGGAACCAUUGUCAGGAAUCGAAUUAUUUCCAAGUCCCAAAUGGCACCCUAUUCCCUAUAUAGUGCACUACUUUAGACCAGAACCUCAUGGGCCCUGGUUAAAAGUAGUGCACUAAUUAGGGAAUUGGGUGCAAUUUGGGACGUAACAUUUUAACGAGUCAUCGUUUGAAUCAUCUUGUAGCUAAAUGGAGAUGUAUCAGGGUAUGCUGGUGGGCGGGUGCUUAUUUCAUAGGAAAUAUUAGUGGCCAUACAUGUGUAUCGUGUUAAGUGAUUACAUUUCACUAAAUAUACAUUUUUGUUAUCAUUGAAUUGUUAAUCAGUUUGCAUAAUGUACAAAAUAAAGUAUAUUUUAAAUAUUUUAAGAGAUAUUUUGUAUUUAACCAUUCUAUUUUAUUUCUCCACACUUUGAUCACAAGUUGAAAGUACCAUAUUGUCUGUACAGUAUCAUAUUGUCUGUAGAGUAUCAUAUUGUCUGUAUAGUACCAUAUUGUCUGUACAGUAUCAUAUUGUCUGUAUAGUACCAUAUUGUCUGUACAGUAUCAUAUUGCCUGUACAGUAUCAUAAAGUCUGUACAGUAACAUAUUGUCUGUACAGUACUAUAUUGUCUGUACAGUACUAUAUUGUCUGUACAGUAUCAUAUUGUCUGUACAGUAUCAUAAUGUCUGUACAGUAUCAUAUUGUCUGUACAGUACUAUAUUGUCUGUACAGUAUCAUAUUGUCUGUACAGUAUCAUAUUGUCUGUACAGUACUAUAUUGUCUGUACAGUAUCAUAUUGCCUGUACAGUACUAUAUUGUCUGUACAGUACUAUAUUGUCUGUACAGUAUCAUAUUGUCUGUACAGUACUAUAUUGUCUGUACAGUACUAUAUUGUCUGUACAGUAUCAUAUUGUCUGUACAGUAUCAUAUUGAGAGUAUAUAAUUUUCUAGCUCCUAAAAAAAAUGAAAAAAGAUUGACAUAAAGCAGGAUUGACCUUACAAGCAAAGCUAUGUGCAGUGUGCCUUGAUCAAACGGUCAUUCUGUUCAGUGACAAGAUGAGGGUUUAUCUUCUUUGUGAGUCUUGACUUAAUGGGAAAUUCUGAUUGUGCCAUGAGUUCCCAUUUCUAGUGCAUUUUCACACGCUGUCUGAAAAACAGUUGAACAUUUGAUGUUGGACGCUCUUACUGAUGAUCCAUCGAUCCAUCUCAGCUGUGUUCUUAUGUUUAGGGUCAGCUGUGACCUGCAGUGUUGGGGUCAAUUACAUUUCAGUUCAGUCAGUUCAGGAAGCUAACUGAAAUUCAAAUUUACAUUUUUCUCAAUGCCUCUGUAUUGUAUUGUUUUUUUUGGGGGGGGGGGAUAAUAAUUACAUUUCUUUUCUGGAAUUAACUGAAUUGAAAUGGAAUUGACCCCAACCCUGGUGACCUGUCUUAUGUUUGUCAUCGUCUUCCAAGCCAAAUCAUGUACUGUUGUUUUGUCGCUGAUUCAUAGCAACAUGUUUAGAAAUAAAAAUGAAGAAAAAAAAAAAACAUUUAUUUUAUUCAUGCAACUUAACAUUUCUUUCUUUCUACAUUGAGUGAAUUUUGUGUUUUAGACUGCUGUCAAUGAUACAAUGGUUAGUGAAGGGUGUAUAAUGCAUUGCAAAAGGUGCAUAUUAAUGCUGUUUUCCUAUUUGUCAAAGGUGAAUACAUACUGUUCGAUAAUCACAUCGUUUUAUCACAUACACUUUAAUGUAGCAUUGCUGCGGUUGUAGCAUUUAAUUGACUUAGAACUUUGUCUUAAUUAUGCUUAAUAUUUCUGACUGACAUUUUUUUUAAUCACGAUGCCGGCAUAGGCAAUUUCGGCAUUACAUUAUAAUUAAGGCCAAAUAAUUACUAAUUGCACACUGUUUCAUAAUUGUAAGUUUUACAAACAACUUAUUGUUCUGCCAUUUCUUAAGCCUGAAAGGUAGCAAUGUUGACUGCAUACGUACAUAGUGACUGCACUUAACGUUCUUCACUGUGCUAUGGUCUUUCAAUCAAUCAGGAGAACAAUGCCGUUAGUCAAACAAUACAUAGACUUCCAAAAAUGCACAAACUCCCAUUCGAAACAACAACUAUAUUUAAUAUAACUAUAUUCAUUGAUUCAGAAGUUUAUUGAUCAAUAUCAUGGAUUAAUAUCCCAUAAAGAGCAACCAGGUGGAUAGAUUAACAACAGUUGUUGACGCCCGCAUUUCGUCUGAACUUAGUACCAUUUUUAAGACUUUUGCUUGACUUACCUGUAAUGAAGUCCUCUGUCUUAAAGGGAAAUUUCUAAAUGUUUAACUUCAUAUUCAUCUCCAGCACCACCCCAACAUCAACAUAUGUUAAAAUGUUUCUGUGUAUUGUAGUAAAAAAGAUAGAGGAAGAUACGUAAUUGUUUCCAAUGACAUCAUCGGUGUGCAUCGUGGGAUUUUUUUUAUUUUAAUCAAACAUUUUGUUAUUGUAAUUUUUACCCUCCAAACCCCCUUUUUCUCCUCAAUUUCGUGAUUACGAUCUUAUCUCAUCUCUGCAACUCCACAACGGGCUAGGGAGAGCCGAAGGUCGAGUCAUGCGUCCUCUGAAACAUGACCCACCAAGCCUCGCUUGUUAACACCCACCGUCUUAACCCGAAAGCCAGCUGCACCAAUGUGUUGGAAGAAACACCACUCAACUGACAACCGAAGUCAGCCUGCAGGCGCCCGGCCCGCCACAAGGAGUCGCUAGAGCGCGAUGAGCCUUCCCCUAACCCGGACGAUGCUGGACCAAUUGUGCGCCGCCCUUUGGGACUCCCGGUCACGGCCUGUAAUGACACAGCCUGGCUGUAGUGACGCCGCAACACUGCGAUUCAGUGACCACUGUACCAAUCGGGACGCCAUCAUCAUGUGAUUUUAACCAAUUAUGAGUAGGCAUUAACUACUAAUUGCCUACUAAUUGGAUGAUGAUGUCAUUGGAAACACAUAUCUCCCUCUAUCGUUUUUACUACAAAACAUAGAACAUUUUUUUUACAUAUGUUGAUGUUGGGGUGGUGCUGGAGAUGAUGAAUAUGAAGUUAAACAUUUAAAACAUUUCCCUUAAGAAGUAAACUGCCCCUUGAUCACAACACAAAAAUGGCCAUUACAGAACAUAGCUAGGCUACUGUCCAUAAAUUGGCAUGCCAGAGGAAGCUGGAACUUGGUGUAAUUUGACGUUUUUGUACUGCAGGCUAUGUGCUACAUUAAUAAUUAUGCACACUUGUAAUAUUUUCUAUUUUCAUAUGAGAUUUAAUUAAUUUUGUACUCCCUGACAUCUUUUUUUCUUCCUUGCAUGAAAUGCAAGAGAGACGAGGAAAACAUGAAAUGAGGGACGAGGAAAACAUGAAAUGAGGGACGAGGAAAACAUGAAAUGAGAGAGAGGCGAGGAAAACAUGUUUUUGCACACAGUCUAUUUGCAGUUGGUACUCUCCAGUAGGGGAAACCAAUGGGCAACCAUUAUCUUUCAU